GUUUCCCUCUUGUGUGUGUGUGUCUAUGCAUGUGUGUAUGUGUGUGUGUGUGGUUCUGAAUGCCUGCCUGCAGACGAAAUAGAAGGUAAAGUCAAUUUUUUUUUAGCUCUUUAUGAAGCUUAUGAUAAAUCAGCUGUUCACGGAGGCAUCAGUUAACAAUGGCUCACCGUCUGUUUGAGGGCAAGAAGCAUGCAGCUUCUUACUUAAAGUACAGGGUCUCUCCAUCAGAACAUCUUAUACAACAGGUCCUUGGAUUCCUGGAAAAACGGAAAGCUCGUCCCUUUGAGCUGGCAGUGGAUGUGGGUUGUGGCUCGGGACAGGGCACUCGGCUGCUGGCCCAACACUUUGCUUCCGUGGUUGGUACAGAUGUGAGUCCUGCCCAGCUGGAUUUGGCUGUCCAGUAUGCCCUGGAGGCAAACAUCACAUAUAGAGAGUGUGCGGCUGAGGAGCUGCCGUUGGCUGACAGCUCAGUGGACCUGCUGACGGUUAUGACUGCGUUCCACUGGUUCGACAGGCCACGCUUUCUCCUGGAGGCCCACAGAGUCCUGAAGCCCCGCGGCUGCUUGGCUCUGCUCAGCUACACCAUGGACAUGGAGCUCAGCUACGACGGCUGCUGCUCGCAAGCACUCAACCAAGUCUGCAAAGAGUUUCAUGCAGCUUUAAAACUCUACCGCUACCCUCACAUUGGUCCCAGCACUAUUGAGUUGUACCGGGCGGCGUAUGAAUCCAUCCCUUACCCAGACAAGGAGUGGCAAGAGUGUGUGAGAGUGAGAAAGGCCAUGCCUCUGUCCGGCUACAUGGGGAUGAUGGAGUCUUUCUCCAGCUAUCAGAUUCUGCUGAGAGCCGACCCGCAGAAGGCCGAGCAACUCUCCCGGGACAUCUGUCAAAAGCUGAAGUCCGUGAUGCAGGUGACCUCAGCAGACGCAGAGGUGGUGGUGGCUGUGAAGUAUUACUACCUGCUGGCCUGUAAACCAGAGGAGGCCUGAGUCCGACACCUCUCACACUUUCAACACCGGCCAGCAAUGUCGUGGACACAGGAGAUCUAUGUGUGAGGUUGUUUUAUAAAAUACCACUAGAGGGUGACACUUGAAUCAAGACUCCAUGUGUUUAUUGUCUCUGCUUUCACUGUCUAUGUUCAUUUUGUUGGGCAGUUUUUCAUGUGGCAUUCAUCCACUUUACAUAAUCUCAGAGAUGUAUAUUCUCUUUAUUUGCAGACCACUGUAGUUUUAUUUGCCCUGACUCCUCCACAAUACUGAUUUUGCGUCGAAUCUUCAUUUGAUUUUAUCAGCAGUAAUUAAGAUUUCAAUGAUAGAGGUGAUGGGCCUCAUAGUGGGAUUCUUCUGCUGGAGACAGACACACAUUAGAAACUGGCAAAGAGUCGGCUGAUAGCUGUGGGUCAAACACCUUUCACUGACUACACACAAUGUUGAAUAUUAUUAAUAUCUCUUGAUACUUUACAAAAAAAUUGUAUUUCAACAUUUCAGUCUACUAGUCAGACAACCUGAAUGGAAUUUUAAACAUUCAAACAAACAAAACACAAUGUACAUGACCCUGUUUGAGUUGAAUAUGAAUGUCGGGGCUUCCGGACACAUGGAGGCAUGUUGUGUUUUUUCUGUUGUUUGAUUACGUCUGAAUAAUGACUCACCUUUGACUUCUAUUGGAUUGAAUUCUGCUGCAACAAAGUUUACCCCUGAAACUCCAGAAGUGAUUUGUGGACUCAAACACUACACCCACUCCUCCAUCGGCAUAAUGGUGAGUAGAGAAGGAGGGUGACCUAUCCCUGAUACUAUAUACUGAUUCCUUAGAAAUAAGCAGCACGCACUCUUCAGUAUUUUUAACCUCUGCUCGCUCUCCGCUCAUGGUGCUGACGCUCACAUUCACAGAGCAUGUUUGAAUUGCAUCAGGGAUUUGUUGAAGUACACAGACAAUACCACUAGAGGGUGGUAUUUGAUCAAAAGUGAUGACAAGUCUAUGAUUAUUGCCACUGGUGCUUGGAACGUCACAAUAUAGCAUUCACCAGCUCAUACAUUUUCAUAAUAAACAUAUAUGACCCAAUGUAAUGCACUUUUGCCAUGUUGUACACAAUUGGUGAAAAGGUUUUAGAGAACCCUCAAAAAAAGUAGAACAGAACGGAACCAGGCAGAGACUCCAACUGAUGGAGGAGCAGCACUGUCUACACCCCGGAACGUGUUCACAUUGACCGAUCUUCACAAAAAUCAAUACACAGGUGUAUUUAUUAUAAUUAUUAUUAUUCAUUAUAUAAUUAUGUUUUCACAGAGAAGUGAAGAGACAUGAUGUAGACUGUUAUCAACAGCUCUGUGGGAGAUUAUCACCUUGAAUAUUAAUUCAGGCUUUUUAACAUGGAGCUGGCCACUAGUGGCCAUCCAGUGAACUGCAGUUUUUCACAGGAUGUUGCCCAAUCGUUUAAAGGCAGAUUUAAUGCCUUUAUCAAAAUGAGUGAUGCUCCGGUCCUAUAAUGUGCUUUGAAGUUCUUGACCUUUAGUUGUCAUCCCUCCUCUCUUACCUUGCUGGACAUCUCCUCAAAACCCAUAAGUUUGCUACGGAGCCGAGACAGACGCAUCAUCAGGUAAUUUACCCAACUGUAUGUUCCCUCAUGCUUCUCUUCUUCCACCAUCAUCAUCAUAAUAGUUUGCUGGUACCUGCUUGCAAAAAAGGCUUCACCAGGGGCCUAAAGUCUCUGAUUUGAAGCCCUGAUCCACGAAUUAUUCCCUGGUUAUUGGUAAAACUUAAAAAAAAUCCUAUCCCACAAUGUCAAAAGACAGUGACAAAAUAACUCCCUGGAUUCACCCCUUUGUCUGUGUAACCGUACAAUUUCCCAGUGUUAGAAGAUAAAGAUAUAAGGGACUGACUUUAUUUAUUCAGCUAUUGAUGAGAAUUAUAUAACGAUACUUAUUGAUAUCGUUUUAUUGCCUAGCUCCCUGUUCUAUUUGCAAACUUUGGCUAUGAUCUUUGUCCACUUAAGUCCAAGGGCUGAGUGAUACAUCAAGAAAGGACACAGCACAGGCUUUGGCCCUGAUGUCUUUAAUGGCGUCUGCCACGUCUAUUACAUCUCUUUUGCAUCCUGACUUGUAUAUAUGUUUUUCAUGUUAUGAACAUUUCUGCACAUUUCCCUCAGGAACCGGUUGGAAAAGUUCCAGACAGUGUCUGUAGCAACUGACACAGACAUUUCAGUUCUCAUAUGUCUGAAAGCAACUAGAUCUGCAUAUCGUGUCAGUGUCAUUGGUUACACUAAAUGUUUCAAUGAUUGUUUCAAGCCUGAUUUACCUGACUUAAGUGUGACGCCGGAUCUUUCCCGAAACGUCUUUUAGUUUUGGUUUC